AUGUGGCGAGACCGCACCAAUCUCUACAUCUCGUACCGCCAGUCUAACGCCCACCACCCGACGCAGCCGCGCCAUCGGUAUGGGCCCGCGGCCGGCUCAGCCGACCGCUUCGGCGGGAGCGGUGGCGCUGCCACCGGCACGGCGGUGCUGUUCUCGGCCGACGAAGACCGGCGCGGUCUCCUAUCAGCUGGCGCUUACGACGUUGACGAUGGCGACGCGGUGAUCGAGAUGGAUCUGCUGCCCCCGCGCUGGGCCGACGUGUCAGAUGAGGUCUCGGAAUUGCUGGCCGACAUUGCGCGUAAGAGCCAGAAGCUUGAGAGGCUUCAUCAGAAACAUGUCCUGCCAGGAUUCAACGACGAGGAGGCUAAGAAGGCCGAGGAAAGCGAGAUCGAGCAGUUAACGCAGUCCAUCACGCGCGGGUUUCACGAUUGCCAUCGCUGCAUCCAGCGCAUCGAGCAGAUGGUGCGCGAGGGCAAGGCGGCUGGCCAAAUGAGUCGCGCUGACGAGCUCAUGGCCAAGAACAUACGUGUCAACCUAGCCACGAGAGUUCAGGAGGUAAGCGCGGGCUUCCGCAAAAAGCAGAGCGCAUAUCUAAAGAAGCUCAGGGGCAUGGGCGGUAUAUCUGGUCCCGCUGAGCGCGCAUCAACACCACUACCGCCGGGAGUUUACACGGACCCGUCGAUUUUGGAGUCAGACGCGGACCGGUCGUUUUCACAGUCAACGAUUCAGGCCACGUCGCACCAGAAGUUGCUGCACUCCAACGACGUGGCCAUUUCGCAGCGCGAGCGGGCCAUCGACGAAAUCGCUCAGGGCAUUAUUGAGCUGUCGGACCUGUUCCGAGACCUCCAGACCAUGGUGAUCGACCAGGGGACCAUGCUGGACCGCAUCGACUACAAUGUGGAGCGCAUGGGGACGGACAUUAAGGAGGCCGACAAGGAGAUUAAAAUCGCCGCCGGCUAUCAAAAGAAGACGGCAAAGAGAAAAAUCAUUCUGCUACUGCUACUAAUAAUCGCCGCUAUGAUCAUACUUCUGGUCAUCAAGCCCAAGAAGCACCAGAAUUGAUCGUAUAUCGGGAGUGUUUCCAACGUCAGGUCACGUCGAUGAGGCUUGCAAACAGCAUGUCCGCCGAAAAGUGGACUGAGAAGACCAAAGAAGAAAAAAAACACAAGA